GUAGGACAUCCCUACAGUCCCGACUUGUUCCAGCUACAACUAUUAAAUUAAGACAUCCAAGAAAAUGGUGAAGUCCAGUUUCCUAUUUGGGCUAGUAGUCCUGGCGGUGGUAUGCCCGGGCCAAACCGCACCGAGAAGAAGGUCUCGUGCUGCUGCCCUCCCUACGGAAGGCACAUCAGAGGCACCCAUCCGUGAGAGCAAGCUUGAAGAGAAAUACAAAGAAGAUAUCACUACAAGCGCGCCAGAACCAACGCACAGAAGAAAUAAGGCACUAAACUUAUUCGGCUACUUUCCACCCUACAUGUCUUCUGGCCUAGACUACGCGGACGAUGAUGAUGAUGACGUCACCUUCGCAGUCAACGAUGAUAACUUUAGCGGUGAAGAUUUAUCUAGAACCAUCCCUUCUACACGCAGACAGCAAAACAAGAAGAAGAACGGCAACGGAAACCUCUAUCAGAAUGAUAACUUGAACUCCCUGCAGUACGAUAAUUCACCCAUUUUCUAUAUUAGAUUACCCCCUACACCUUACAUGUUUGUUCCCGGUUUAGGAUAUGUAUCACAACCGCCUUCUCUUGGCCCGCCGAUGUCCCCACUAAUGUCUCAAGGUGUUCCUCAAGUAGCCGAUCCGUUCAUCAAUCUACCUUUAGACUUCGUGUCGAAUGGGAAACCGACUGGCGUGUACCAGUGGAGCGGCGCUGGUUAUCCCCAGGUGCCCCAAAUGGGAGCUGUCGAUCCUUUUGGAUAUGGUGCCCCGCAACCUAUCAUACCCGCACCGAGACCGACCUACAACCCUCCAACAUAUCCCAAACCGAAACCAACACCAAGCAAUUCUAAGAUCACCAAUCUUAAAGGCCCAUAUGUCUUCAAUGGAAAGCCAGGCGAUAACGUCUAUGUACUAAGAGAUACUUACAAUUCAAUAUACUCUGACGCUCUCCAAAACUUCUACCCCUAAAACAUAGUUGGUGCUAAUAGGAUAUACAUAAAUUAAUGGCUCGUAUCGAGCUUAUGUGUUCAGAAAAACAAUUUUGGUUUUUAUGUUCAAUGAUGCAAUCAGCUUAUUAUCCUUACAUGUUAUACUUUUAAUAGUAUGGAUUGUAUUUAAAUUUUUUUUAGCAAUUUCCGAUUUUUGUUUCUGCAGAAUUCCAAGGACAAAUACAAUUAUUGAAUUUAUUUUGUUUCAUACAAGAAAGUUUACAACAGGAUUUAAGUUAAAGAACCUUUCAUCAAGAAAAAGACUUCAACGAGAUUUGUUAAAAAAUCACAGCAAACUUUUUA